ACUGUAAACAGCUGUUGCUUCGUGGACGUGGGCGUGAGAGUGAGUUCGAGGAAGUGUUUGGGGUUUUUGGUUGGGAAAUUGUAAUUGAAAUCGAAACGUCUAGCAAUGACACAGGUGUUCAUAAAUGGCGCAAGAGACGAGCUCAAUGUGCAAGAGCACGAUAGCUUGGAUGCCUCGGUGCAGGAGCUCAUCCGAGCAGCAGCGGAGGCCAGGAAACAGGCCUAUUGUCCUUACAGCAACUUUGCUGUGGGUGCUGCUCUCCGCACCAGUGAUGGCUCCAUCUACACGGGUUGCAACAUAGAAAACGGCGCCUACGCAGCCAGCAUUUGUGCCGAACGCACAGCUGCCGUCAAGGCCAUUAGCGAGGGCAAGCGCGACUUUGUGGCCUGUGCUGUGGUGGCCCAACAGGACAAUGGCUUUACCACUCCCUGCGGCGUCUGUCGCCAAUUUCUAUCGGAGUUCGUCAAUGGCAAGGACAUCCCUUUGUAUGCAGCCCAGCCGACCAAUUUGCCGCUGCGUGUCCUCUGCACCAGUGUGCUCCAACUGCUGCCCAAUGGUUUCCGCUUUCUCAAUGGCAAAUAGAGGACAGCAAGGGCAGGGAUCGGUUUUAAGUGCAAUAUUUUAUGUGUAAUUUCCAUUUUGUUAUGUGUAAACCACCCCUUUCCCUCUUGUUGAUUGAACUGCUGCUGAAAACAGGCAUCGCA